AUGGUGAGAAAGACAAACUAUGACUACGAUGACAGGAGUGAUGACGAGGAUUUUCAAAUCGGUGACGAAGUGGAGAUCCACGGUUUGCAAGGUGCCAAAGAAUUAAAUGGUCGGACAGGGCGAAUUGUGGCCUAUGUCGAAGAGACCCAGCGGUUUGGAGUGAAGUUAGACGGCGAGCUGGAGAACAAGGCAGUGCGCCCUGUGAACCUCCGCCGGCUAGACGAGGAGAACGGCGCCUCCGAACGAGCGCUGCUGGAAGCGCAGCUGGCGCAGGUGGUCGAGCAGCUCAAGGCCGCGGAGGAGAGCGGCGAGGACAAAAGCCUGUACCAGCGGAUGCUGGCUGAGCUCAUCCGGAAACUCAAAGACAUCGACGAGAUGACUGAGGCACGCGCAAAGCAGCGGGCCGCAGCGGCGGCCAAUGCUGCAGCCGCAGCGGCAGAGGAGGCGGCGGAGAGGGCGAAAAAAGCCCAGGAGGAACGGCCGGUGCUCGGCCCAAAACCUCCAGGUGCCUCGAAAGCUCCGGAGGGCCUCAGACCGCCGCCCCUGCCAAGGGAGCAGCAUCACCCACUGCCGCCAAAGCAGCAGAGGGAAAAGGUGGUCAGCGAUGCCAAGCUCGAGCUGCGACCGCCCGCUCCACGUCCGGGACCGCCUCCGGUGUUGCCGCAGAGGUCAGGCGGGAAGCUGAUCCCGCCCAAACCGAGCAAGCCCAUGUACACAGAUGAGCAUGAGUACCCGGACCCGACCAGGGCAUUUCAAGCCGGAAGGGUCUUCGCGGGCUCAAUUCUUUGUGGCAUCAUAGCUUCACAGGCUGAUUUAUUUCCUGCAACCUGGUUUGUUUGGACAUUCCUUACAGUCCACCUUGUCGGGGUGGCCUUCCUUACCGAUUAUGCCGGCCAAAGUGGGCUCGUGGCUCUUUGUGCAACCUUCGGGCUCCAUGCUGGCUUCGCGCUCAGCGAGUUUGCCCUCUGGAUGCUCGGCCUGGAUGGUUCCGAUUCAGUCGGCCCCUGGUCGGUCUUGGUUUUCUUUUGUUGCAUAUUGUAUUUUCACUCCUUCUGGAUGGAAUCCACGGUGCUGCCACCAGAUUACAUCACCAGCAUUUCGCUGUUUUUCCCGAUGUUUCCCGCGUUUAACGCGGCCGUUGCAUGUAGUUGCCUUGAGCUCUUCCUUGAAUGGAGAUGGUUUCCAGACUACAAGCUCUGGCCAUCCUUCGCCGUGCUUGGAGCUGCGAUGUGUGCUGCCGGCCAGGCGCUGAUUGCGAUCGCCUCGCGCACCGCCGACCGCAACUACUGGGCUAGUUGUCGCAACAUGCCGGAAGAGGAGGAGAGACCAGAAGACUUCGUGGGCUUGGAGAUCCCAGAUCGACGAAUAGUUCAGGAGGGAGUCUACCAGUACGAGAGACACCCGGCCUACCUGGGCGCAAUGCUCUGGGGCCUUGGCAUCCAGGUUGCACUGUGCAAUCCCGUGAUGGCAGUGAUCGUUGGCUUCGUGCUCUGGGCGUCGCUGCUAUACGUCGCCUUGGAGGAGGAGCAGGAGCUUUACGACGAGUUCAAGGGGGGAUACGCCAACUAUGCCACCUUGACUUCGUGCUGGAUUCCGCUCUUCAACACGUUCUUAGAAAACUCCGCCUUCCAACGGGAAAUGACCGAUACUUGUGAAGAAGAUCAUGAGAACAUGCAAGAGGAGACGGAGGAGGAGGGUGAGGAAGAGAUGGAUGACGACCUCCGAAGUGAGGACGACUUGCUGCCGACCUGGGAAGGAGUACCGAAAGGUGGAGCUCUCUGGAAUCGCCAGUUCCGCGAGCUUGGGUCCUAG